GGCACUGCAGUUUUCUUCUUGGACACACACUUGCCAUGCCCAUGACCACCAUGUUUCCGUUCGGCGUCCCUUCCAGCCGAGCCCGGAGCAAAGAAAUGGCUGCAACAAGCUUCCUCUUGCUAACCAUCGUCCUAGCUACAGCCAGCACCACCACCUCCUCCUCCUCCGUCGCUAUCAACGCGAGCGGAACAUCAAACGGAGGCUGCAUCCCGGCCGAGAGGGUCGCGCUGCUCUCCUUCAAGGCCGGCCUCACAGGCGAUCCGGACAAUCGCCUCAUCUCAUGGCAGCAAGGUGCACAUGACUGUUGCCGGUGGAGCGGCGUCACCUGCAGCCGCCGGACAGGCCACGUCAUCAAGCUCGACCUCCAUCAAGAUAUUCCAGAAGUGUAUUAUUUAUCUGAUGAUGACCCUGAGAACCACUCACUGCGUGGUCAGUUAUCUCCUUCUUUGCUUGCUCUCCGACGCCUCAAGUAUCUUGACCUUAGCCAGAACUAUCUCCUUGGAGAUGCAAAGGCUAUGCCGGGGUUCUUGGGCUCUCUCCAGAGUUUGACUUAUCUCAACCUCUCCAACAUGGAUUUUCAUGGUCCAGUGCCUCCUCAGCUAGGCAACCUCUCCAACCUAAUACAGCUUGACAUACAAGGCAGUAUUUUUGGUGAUUAUCAAUACUCAAAGGAUAUAUCUUGGUUAGCCCGUCUCCGAUCAUUAGAGCAUCUUAACAUGGGCUCGGUCGGCCUCCCUGAAGUCGUUGACUGGGUCCAUACGGUCGGGACACUUCCUAAUUUGGCUGUACUGAUUCUGUUUCAAUGUGGCCUUACUAAUAGUAAUGUUCCAUCAUCGUUUGUACACCACAACCUUACAGUUCUUGAAGUGGUUGACCUCACUGGUAACCAAUUCAGCAGUCCAGAUACACCCAACUGGUUAUGGAAUGUAACUAGCCUCAGGAGCCUAAGGUUGGUGGAAUGUGGAUUAUCAGGCACGUUUGCUAACAAUCUAGGAAACUUGACCUUGUUAGAGAACUUUGCCUUUGGACUCAACAAUGUUGAUGGGAUGAUACCAGGAGCACUGAAAAAAAUGUGUAAUCUAAGGUCUCUAGAUCUCAGCAUGAACAACAUCAGCACGGACAUGAAAGAGGUGAUACACUCGAUACCCAACUGCUCUUGGAAGAAUUUGCAACAGUUGAUUCUAGAGAGUGCCAACAUCAUUGGCACAACAUUACAAUUUGUGUCAAACCUAACCAGCUUAAACAUGCUUGAAGUCAGUCACAACCAAUUGAGCGGUUCAAUGCCCGUGGAGAUUGGUGCGCUUGCAAAUUUAACUUACUUAGACCUUCAGCAAAACAACUUGAGCGGUUCGGUGCCCGUGGAGAUUGGCAAGCUUACAAAAUUGACUUACUUAGACCUUUCGUUCAACAACUUGAGUGGUGUGAUGACAGAAGAUCAUUUUGUUGGUUUGAUGAAUUUGAAGUACAUUGACUUAUCUGAGAAUUAUUUGGAAGUUAUUGUUGACUCGCAUUGGGUACCUCCGUUCAACUUGGAAUCAGCAUGGUUAUCAUAUUGUAAUUUGGGUCCCAAGUUUCCUAAAUGGCUUCAAUGGCAGAAGAGCAUCCGUGAACUUAUUAUUCCAAACACAGGUCUAGUUGAUAGGGUCCCAGAUUGGUUUUGGACUACCUUUUCUGAAGCUACAUGGUUGGAUAUCUCCUUGAACCAACUUAGCGGCGACUUAUCAUUCAAUCUGGAGUUCAUGUCAAUGACUACACUUUUAAUGCAGUCAAAUCUACUCACAGGUUUGAUACCCAAGUUACCAAGCACAAUUAAGGUAUUGGACAUAUCAAGGAACUACUUAAAUGGGUUUGUAGCAGAUUUAGGAGCUCAGAAUUUGCAAGUUGCAGCUCUGUUUUCCAAUGCUAUAUCCGGGACUAUUCCAACGUCAAUUUGUCGAUUGCGGAAGUUGCGGAUCUUAGAUCUUUCAAACAAUCUGCUUUCAAAGGGACUUCCUGAUUGUGGCCAAGAAGAGUUGAAACAUCAGAACCCUUCUGGCAAUAACUCUUCAAAAUUCAUUUCACUGAGUUCUUUCAGUUUGAAUAUCACGGUUCUUCUUCUAAGCAACAACAGUUUUUCAAGUGGAUUUCCUUUGCUCCUACGACAAUGUCCGAGUCUUAGUUUCCUCGAUCUAACUCAAAAUAGAUUCACCGGAGAGUUGCCUGGGUGGAUCAGUGAAGCCAUGCCAGGUUUGGUUAUGCUACGGUUAAGAUCGAACAACUUUUAUGGUCACAUUCCAGUUGAAAUCAUGGGACUUCACAAUGUUCGGAUUCUCGAUUUGUCCAAUAAUAACUUUUCUGGGGCCAUACCGCAAUAUAUAGAAAACUUGAAAGCUUUGAGUAGCACUGAGACAACUAUUGAUAAUCCUUUCGAAGAAGCAUACGAAGGUGAGUAUCGUUCCGCUCAUAUAGGAAUGGUUAAUGUUAGCAUCACGGUGGUGAUGAAAGGGCAAGAGCUUGAGUAUGGGGGCAAUAUUGUAUAUUUGAUGAGCAUUGAUUUGUCUUGCAACAAUUUGACCGGAGAAAUCCCAGAGAAACUAAGCUCCCUUGUUGGUCUCAUAAGUUUGAAUUUAUCAUCAAACUUGUUGAGUGGAAAUAUCCCAUAUAAUAUUGGCAAACUUCAAUCAGUGGAGUCUCUUGACUUCUCGAGGAACAAACUAGGUGGUGAAAUCCCUCGGAGCUUAUCAAAUUUGACAUACCUGAGCAAUUUAAACUUGUCAUAUAAUAAUCUAUCUGGAAGAAUACCCACAGGGCAUCAACUCGACACCCUCAAUACGGAUAAUCCGGCCUCUAUGUACAUUGGAAAUCCUGGUCUUUGUGGACAUCCAGUUCCAAUGCAAUGUCCUGGUCCACCUAGGGAUCCGCCCACCAACGGAGAUCCAACAAGGUUGCCGGAAGAUGGCUUGUCUCAAAUAGAUUGUCUUCUUGGAUCAAUUAUUGGUUUUGUGGUGGGCGCUUGGAUGGUGUUCUUCGGACUUCUCUUCAUCAAGAAAUGGAGGUAUGCUUACUUUGGGCUACUCGACAACCUAUAUGACAGGUUGUAUGUCAUUUCUGUUGUUACUUGGCAAAAAUGGUUCGGACCACGGGUGUGAAUUAAGCAAGAACUACCAAAGAUACCGCUACAAGAUUAAGGGGCCUGGAAAACUUAUUGCUAUAUUGUAUUGUCAAACACUUUACCAUUUAUAACUUACUGAUGUAUCGUAUUGUAUCUUUGUACCGCCGGUGGAAGUUGUGCAUGCCACACGGUUGUCUCAUAAAAUAUAUGUAUCCUGCUAUGACAUACACAUUAAUGGUGCAAUAGUAUUCAGAACUACUUGGAUUUC